CCCAGGAGGUCCAGCUGACGCGUAUUCCUGGGCGUGGCUUAGCCGCGUUCCUCAACUCUUUCCUCGGGCUGCGGAGUGUGUGAGGCUGCCGCUGUGGAUCGUGGACCGGAGGAAAGACAUGUAUCAGUUAUGCGCCACAGGAGCCAGAGAUCCACUCAGUAACGAGGCCGGUAAACUGUCAUGAUUCCCAUCACUGAGCUGCGAUACUUUGCUGACACACAGCCGGCGUAUCGAAUUCUGAAACCAUGGUGGGACGUGUUCACAGACUACAUCUCCAUCGUCAUGCUGAUGAUCGCGGUGUUCGGUGGCACGCUGCAGGUCACGCAGGACAAGAUGAUUUGCCUGCCAUGCAAAUGGGUCGUCAACCAGACCUGCGAACAGCUCAAUGUUAGCCUGCCGCUCAACCCGGAGCCGAAAGGCAUCCAGUACGACCUCGACAGGCACCAGUACAACUAUGUGGACGCUGUAUGUUACGAGAACAAGCUCCACUGGUUCGCAAAGUACUUCCCGUAUCUGGUGCUGCUGCACACCCUGAUUUUUCUAGCAUGUAGUAACUUCUGGUUUAAGUUUCCACGGACCAGUUCGAAGCUGGAGCAUUUCGUGUCCAUUCUGUUGAAAUGCUUCGACUCACCGUGGACGACGCGCGCGCUGUCUGAGACGGUGGUGGAGGAGAGUGACCCGAAGCCGGCUGGGAAGAUGAACGGCUCCAUGGAUAAGAAAGCCUCCAGCUUGAGUGACCAGGAUGUGGAAGCGAGCGUCCCGAUGCUGCAAAGGACCAAGUCCCGGAUCGAGCAGGGCAUCGUGGACCGUUCGGAGACAGGGGUCUUGGAUAAGAAGGAAGGGGAGCAGGCCAAGGCACUGUUUGAGAAGGUGAAGAAGUUUCGUAUCCACGUGGAGGAGGGCGACAUCGUUCACCGCCUUUACAUACGGCAGAUAAUCAUCAAAGUCAUCCAGUUCAUCAUUAUCUUCAGCUACACCAUGUACUACGUUCACUUCAUCACGUUCAGCGUGACCUGUACCGUGGACAUCGAGCGUCUGACGGGGUAUCGCACGUACCACUGCGCUCAUCCUCUGGCCACGCUUUUUAAGAUCCUAGCCUGUUUCUACAUCAGUCUGGUGGUGGUUUACGGCCUCAUCUGCAUGUACACGCUGUCCUGGAUAAUCAGCCGCUCGCUAAAACGUUAUUCUUUCGAGUCCAUUCGCGAGGAGAGCAGCUACAGCGACAUCCCGGACGUGAAGAACGACUUCGCCUUCAUGCUGCACAUGAUCGACCAGUACGACCCGCUGUACUCGAAGCGGUUCGCCGUGUUCCUGUCGGAGGUCAGCGAAAACAAACUGCGACAGCUGAACCUGAAUAACGAAUGGACUCUGGAGAAACUCCGACAGAGGAUAACAAAGAACUCGCAGGAGAAACUAGAGCUGCACCUCUUCAUGCUGAGCGGGAUCCCAGACACAGUGUUUGACCUUGUAGAACUGGAGGUGCUGAAAUUAGAGCUGAUCCCUGACGUUACGAUCCCGCCCAUUAUCGCACAGCUGUGUAACCUGAGAGAGAUGUGGCUUUACCACACACCGGCCAAAAUCGAGGCUCCCGCUCUGGCCUUCCUCCGUGAGAACCUCAAAUCACUACACAUAAAGUUCACAGACAUUAAGGAGAUCCCGCUGUGGAUCUACAGCCUCAAGAACCUCAGCGAGCUCCAUCUCACUGGAAACCUCAGCGCCGAUAACAACCGAUUCAUCGUCAUCGAUGGCCUACGGGAGCUUAAGAGGCUCAAGGUCCUGCGGCUGAAGAGCAACCUCACUAAACUGCCUCAGGUGGUGACGGACGUUGGCGUUCACUUGCAGAAGCUCUCCAUCAAUAACGAAGGGACCAAACUGAUGGUUCUGAACAGUCUGAAGAAGAUGGUGAACCUGACGGAGAUGGAGCUGGUGCGCUGUGAUCUGGAGAGGAUCCCGCACUCCAUAUUCAGCCUGCACAAUCUACAGGAAAUUGAUCUGAAGGACAACAAUUUGAAGACCAUCGAGGAGAUCAUCAGCUUCCAGCACCUCCACAGACUGGUGUGCCUCAAACUCUGGUACAACCAGAUCGCCUACAUCCCCAUCCAGAUCGGCACCCUCACCAACCUGGAGCGACUCUACCUGAACCGGAACAAGAUCGAGAAGAUCGAGACGUUGCCGCCCGAGUUGUUCCAGUGUAAGAAGCUGCGGACGCUGAAUCUAGGAAAUAACUGCCUUACGGUGUUGCCGUCGCGUUUCGGAGAGUUAACGGGCCUGACGCAGCUGGAGCUCCGCGGGAACCGGCUUGAGGGAUUACCGGUGGAGCUCUCCGAAUGUCGACUUCUCAAGCGCUCCGGGCUGAUCGUGGAGGAAGAUCUCUUCAACACGUUACCACCGGAGGUCAAGGAGCAGCUGUGGAGAGCCGACAAAGAACAAGCCUGAGUGAGACGGGUGAAAGAGAAGAAACUCUUAAUGUGGUCUUUAUGCUUUCCUUUCAUUCUUUUAAUGAUUUUUAAUUCAUUUUAUUUGGGCGAACAAGCAUUUGUUUCUCGUCCGUAUGAAGGGAAGUUGUGGACAGGGUGCCAUCUGUCCUUAGAAACACAUACACUGAUCCACUCAUACACACAAACACGUUUUGCGAGGUCAAGUCAUUCAUGUACUGCCCCCUACAGGCACGGAGGGGUAUGCAUAUAGAUGACAACAACACCAACAUGGUGAACAUGUGGGUGUGAGUGCCUGUUAAAGCAGUGGCUUUAUGGGAAUGCAUAGAUAUAACAAGCAAUAUGUGCUUUGUGGAUUAUUUACUUGGCGGUUGCAUCCAUUCAGGGAAGGGUCGACUGUUCAUGAAUGUGCCAGCUGAGUUAUCAGAUAUGUAAUUUUACAUUUUAAACCUCUGCAAGAUAAUACCCACAGAAAUAAAUGCCAAAAAGGUCAUAUACAAAAUUUACUACAUAAAGUUGUAAUUUAAAAAACUCAAUCUCUGUUUGUUGGCAAAAUCUACAGACUGUUUGCAAAGAACAAAUCAAGCAAAAGUAAGUGAAAUGGCAGAAGUUGUGGAAACCACUUUUGCUAAAAGUCUGUAAAGUAUGCCAAUAAACCUGAUAGGCAAUGGAGGUUGAAUCAUUUUGAUUAUAACUGUAUAUGCUUUUAAAGAUGAAUAGGAUGCCACAAACUCUUUAAAAAUGUCUUGCUAAAAUCUUACACUCCACAGACUACGCAAAGAUAUAGAAACUGCGAACUCAAAUGCUCUGAUGAUCAAAACGAUCUUGGACUGACUCGAGUUCGGAUCAGGUGAGAUGCACGUUGACUCGAAGGGAAUGAUGACGUCAUGAUGACUGUUGUUGUAGCAAACAUGGCCUUAACUCUCUGAGCUGAAUGCUGGAGGUCGUCUCAAAGAAAAAGUGUACAUUUUACGUUUGUAAGUUUUAUAAUUUUACAAAAAAAUAUAAGAGAAAGAACAAAAAGAAACGAAACGGAAAGAUGCGUGCAAAUUGUGUUGUUUGCAAGUACAAAAAUCCUAUGCGUUAAUGAAUUGUUUUUAUAUGUACAUGUUCAUAUGAUUUUAUUUUAUGAUUUUUAUUUGAACUUUUCUUUUGUUGGGAAGAUUGCCUAAUGUACACAGUAUGGCGUUAAACAAAACCAAGUAAAAAUUUCUGAUAUACA